AUGUGGGCCAUUCGAUGGCAGGGUCGUGCCCUACAACAUAGACCAAACAGAAGCAUCAACAUCCAGGAUCAGGACAAAACAUGUCUUCCUGAGAUUGAUACCCUCCCCUUGUGCUGGGCAACCCAUCAGCUAGGUGGAAUCGUAUCGCCCGCCAACGCAGCUUACUCCCCUGCUGAGCUGAAACACCAGUUAUUGGACUCCAAGGCAAAGUGCCUGUUCACAUGUCUUCCCUUGCUUUCCACCGCGCUGGAGGCGGCCUCCAUGGCUGGAUUCCCCAAAGACCGCAUUUAUUUGAUCGAUCUUCCGGUCCAGCUCACCGGUAAUGCAAAGGCGCCUACAGAGUAUAAGACACUCGCGCAGCUCCUAGAAGCUGGAAAAUCUCUUCCUAAGUUGGAGAAGCUCAAUUGGUCGCCCGGCGAAGGCGCCCGCCGGACCGCAUUCUUGUGCUACUCCAGCGGAACAUCCGGAUUGCCCAAAGGUGUCAUGAUUUCUCAUCGCAAUGUCAUCGCAAACGUUCUGCAAAUCACCGCUUCCGAAAAGGACUACCGUGCAUCUCUCACUCCUCCCGGAACUCAGUCUCAGCACACUGAAGUUGCACUGGGCCUGCUUCCCCAAAGUCAUAUCUAUUCUCUGGUAGUUAUCUGCCAUGCUGGUCCCUACCGAGGUGACCAGGUUGUCGUGCUGCCCAAGUUCGAGCUCAAGUCCUACCUGGUUGCCAUCGAGAAAUUCAAAAUCUCCGUGUUGUUGCUGGUCCCGCCAAUCAUUAUCACCAUGCUCCGAAACCCCGACGAGUGCUUGAAGCACAAUUUGAGUUCGGUAACCUCGCUGUUCACCGGAGCAGCACCUUUAGGGAUGGAGACUGCGGCCGAUUUCCAGAAGGUGUAUCCCAAUGUCAUCAUCCGCCAAGGAUACGGCCUUACCGAGACAUCGACCGUUGUCUGCUCGACAUACCCGGAUGACGUCUACCUGGGGUCCUCCGGCAGCUUGAUUCCCGGAGUCGAGGCGCGUAUCGUAACCCCUGAGAACGAGGAGAUCACUGCCUACGAUACUCCAGGUGAAUUGGUGGUUCGCAGUCCUAGUGUCGUCCUUGGCUAUCUCAACAACGAAAAAGCAAACAAGGAAACCUUCGAGGAUGGUUGGAUGCGCACGGGCGACGAAGCCGUUGUCCGUCUGAGCCCCAAGGGCAGGGAGCACAUCUUCAUUGUUGACCGAAUCAAGGAGCUCAUCAAGGUCAAGGGAUUGCAAGUCGCACCAGCCGAACUCGAGGCUCACCUUCUCACCCACCCUGCCGUCGCCGACUGCGCUGUCAUUGCCAUUCCCGAUGAAGCCGCCGGAGAGGUUCCCAAGGCUAUCGUGGCUAAGUCGCCCUCUGCCGGCGCGGAUGACGAAGCAACUGCCAAGUCCAUCAUUAAGUAUGUGGAGGAACACAAGGCCCGGCACAAGUGGCUGAAAGGUGGCGUUCGCUUCGUCGAGGCCGUUCCCAAGAGCCCCAGCGGUAAGAUCCUCCGUCGCCUGCUUCGCGACCAAGAGAAGGAGGCUCGCCGCAAGGCCGGUUCCAAGCUAUAGACGUGGGAUUUAUGCCAUGGAGGAAUUGGCAGUUAUGACGCCUGUUUUUGGUUUGUUUUUCCGUUCAGCGUGUAAAUUUGAUGGGUAUGAUUGUUCAUCAUGAGAACGUCUUCAUGGGAUACUUAGAACUUGUUUAGAUAUUAGAAUAGAAAGAAUUGUUUCUAUUUCAAAGGACUUGGGGAUAUGCAAAAGC